AUGGAGACGCGCGGAGCGGCCGGCCUGCUGCCCGUGCCGCGCCCCCUCCGCACGGUGCCCCUGGACCUGCCGGGGACCCUGCCCCGCCUCCCUCUCGGGGACCCCCUCGGGGUGCCCCUGCGGCUGCACGCCGCGUGCUGGGCGCGGGCGCGGGCGCCGGGGGGCCGCGGGCCGGGCCUGGCGCUGCCGCUGCCGCUGCCGCUGCCGCUGGCCUGCGCCCUGGAGCCCGCCUUCCUCCGCAGGCGCAACGAGCGCGAGCGGCAGCGGGUGCGCGGCGUGAACGAGGGCUACGCGCGCCUGCGGGACCACCUGCCCCGCGAGCUGGCCCAGCGGCGGCUCAGCAAGGUGGAGACGCUGCGCGCCGCCAUCCGCUACAUCGGGCACCUCCAGGAGCUGCUGGAGCGCCAGGCCCGGGCGCAGGAGGGCCCCGCCGCCGCCCGCACCCCGCGCCCGGCCGACUGCAACAGCGACGGCGAGUCCAAGGCCUCGUCGGCGCCUUCGCCCUGCAGCGAGCCCGAGGAGGCGGGCAGCUAGCUGGCGCCCGGCCCCCCGGCCCCCCGGCCC